GACUCGACAUUCACAGCAUGGGGUCCCUUCAUCCGCGAUGACUACUACAUCCAGCCGGUCACCUACCGAGCUAUCAUCGUUGCCGGCUUAGUUUUCGGUUUUGCAAAUCUCUUCGCCAUCUCAGCAGCAUACAUUGCUUUUAGACAAACGAAGGCUUGCCGACGACCAUGGACAAGUGCAUACAUAUGGAUGAUAUGGCUCGAAAUAGCCGCGUCCUUCGUGAUUGCAGUCGAGUGCUUGCUGUAUCUUUUGAAAGUCAUCAGGCCAAGUUUCUGGUUCUACAUGUCGAUAUUGUUGAACUGGUCAAUACAAGUGCAACUGCUCCUACAGAUCAUCAUCAACCGAGUACGAAUUAUUCUGGCCGACAGAAGGAAAGGCCGUAUGCUCAUGGUCGGCACCGCUGUGCUUGUCACAUUGAUCAAUAUCAGUGUAUUCGUUAUAUGGAUGCCGGCGCGUCUACAGAUAAGCGAGAGAUGGAUCCACAUCAACAAUAUCUGGGACCGAAUUGAAAAAGUCUUGUAUCUACUUAUUGAUGGAUUCCUCAAUUUCUACUUCAUGCGAGUAGUCAAAGCAAACCUCGUCAAGAACGGUCUGGACAAGUACAACAAGCUCGUAAUGUUCAAUCAGCACAUGAUCGUCAUCUCUCUAUUGAUGGAUGUUAUGAUCAUCGCUGCGAUGUGGAUUCCAAACGGCUUCGUAUAUGCGAUUUUCCAUCCACUGGCUUACCUUGUAAAGCUAAACAUUGAGAUGUCGAUGGCAGAUCUUAUCAAGAAGAUCGCA